UUUUGGAGGUUGGGUAUGUGACUCUGCCCCCAAGAUAUAAAUACAAGAGAGAAUACAAGGCAAAGCCAGACACCCAAAUCGAAUAAUGGCUACUGCCGACAACAAGGAGCAGGCCAUUCUUCCCAUGGUGGACGCCGACGAAGCGCGCGCACUGCUGAGCUCAGGCCAUGGCUACCUCGAUGCCAGGAUGCCGGAGGACUUCGACAAGGGGCAUGCCCCCGGUGCUCGCAAUAUUCCCUACUACGUUUAUGUGGCUCCCGGCCAGGGGAGAGAGAAGAAUCCACACUUUGAACAAGAGGUGGCUGCACUCUAUGGGAAGGAAGACCACUUGAUUGUGGGUUGCUUCACAGGCACGCGAUCCAAACUCGCGACUUCUGACCUUUUAAAGGCGGGAUUUAAGAAUGUGAGGAAUCUGCAAGGUGGUUACCGUGCCUUUCUCCAAAGUGCAAGUCAGCAGCAACCCGUCAAUGAUCAGCAACCAUCUGCCAAUUGAGCUGGGAAUACCAUUUGUGAUCAUAAAUAAGUCAAGAGGAAUGUAUUAAUAAAGUGAUUAAUUUUUCUUCUCAGUGUAGAGA